GUCCUUACACUCACUCCUCUACUCUCCAUAAUCAAUAACUCCACAAACGCCAAUCACAACCAUGGGAUACGAUUUCACCGUUUACAAGGGUUCCAAGGACGGAACCAUCAAGAAAGACACCACCCACCGCGAUGAUCUGAAGAAAGACCAGGUUCUAGUGCGGGUCACCCACUCGGGGGUGUGCGGCACCGAUCUGCACUACCAGACGACCGACAUGGCGCUGGGCCACGAGGGCGCCGGCGUGGUGGAGGAAGUCGGGCCGGAGGUGCAGGACCUGAAGAAGGGGGACCGCGUGGGCUGGGGCUACGAGCAUGACUGCUGCGGCCGAUGCGCCAACUGCCUGACGGGGUGGGAGACCAUGUGCCCGAAGCGGGCGAUGUACGCGGGGGCGGAUCUGGACCAGGGCUCGUUCGCGACGCACGCGGUGUGGAAGGAGGCGUUCCUGUUCAAGAUCCCCGACGGCAUCAGCAACGAGGACUCGGCGCCGCUGAUGUGCGGCGGCUCCACCGUCUUCAACGCGCUCGUCGUCGCCGGCGUGAAGUCCACCUCGCGCGUCGGCAUCGUCGGCAUCGGCGGCCUGGGUCACCUGGCCAUCCAGUUCGCCGCCAAGAUGGGCUGCGAGGUCGUCGUCUUCUCCGGCAGUGACAGCAAGAAGGACGAGGCGCUGAAGCUGGGCGCCAAGGAGUUCUUCGCCACUAAGGGCGCCAAAGAGCUGAAGAUCGGGAGGCCCCUCAACCACCUCAUCGUCACCACCAGCAGCCAGCCCGACUGGAACCUCUACACCUCCGUCCUGGCCCCCGGCGCCGUCAUCUCGCCCCUGUCCGUCGACAGCUCCGAGUUCAAGUUCCCUUACAUGGCCCUCCUCAGCAGUGGCCUGCGGGUGCAGGGCUCCAUUGUCGCCGCCAGGCAGGUCCACCGCGAUAUGCUCGACUUUGCUGCCCUGCACGGCAUCAAGCCGAUCACAAUGACUUUCCCAUUGACGCAAGACGGUGUGCAGGAUGCCCUGAAGACGCUGAACGACGGCAAGAUGAGGUACAGGGGUGUUCUUGUUGCGCAAUAGAUGCUUUGGAUGGGAUCGAGCUUGAGAACCUCACGAAAUAGAAAAGCGAUGGGUCCUAAGACAAAUCGCCAGCCCCGUGUAUAGUAUGAAUUACUGGUAUAAAU